AUGAACCGAUCCAACGCAGAUUUGGAACAAGAUUCACAGAUCAUGACUUACGCACGGUUAUAUUUCAUCUUUGCAUUGAUCUACACCGCACGCUGUAACCCCUUGGGGCAGGCGACUGUCUGCGAAUCGGCGCAGGCAUAUCCAAACAGUGCCACGGUCUGCGAGUCGGCAUCCAACCUCCCCUAUUACCCGUACGGCCUCCCGUCUGGGCUUGGGGUGGCUGGAGUCUUGCCAGCUUUCUCCAGCCCCCUGGGCUUGCCUGGGCUGCUUAACCCCGCACUGGGAUCGACUACCGUCUGCGAGAGCGCGCCCAAUACGGUUGGAUUAGGCGGACUUGGUCUUAAUCCGCUUUACGGACUGCCGCUAGGAUUGCCGUAUGGUAUCGGGGGAGGGAUUCCGAAUCUUUUGGGCGUUGGAACAUUAGGAGUCCCGUAUCCUGGCGUACCAGUUGUUGGUGGUGGUUCUUCUACUGUCUGUGAGAGCUCUCCUAACUUGCUGGGUCUGGGCGCCUUGGGUCUACCUCUACAGCUCGGUGGUCUCGGUCUUGGCGGGUUGGGGUUAGGUCUAGCACAUGCAGCAGUCCCCUUACUA